AUGGACCUUGCGGGUACCGCCGUCGGCAUCAUAUCCCUCGGCCUACAAGUCUGCCAGGGGAUCGUCUCGUACAGUCAGGCAUGGCGGGGCUACGACGAAGAGAUUCAGAAUGCGAGGAACAAGGCGCAAGCUCUUCGCAUGCCACUGAAGACUCUACGUGAAACGGUAGAGGAAUUACAGCAGACACGACCGGAAGUGGCUGCAGAUCUCGAAGAGCAAGUCAUGAGCAUGCAAAGUUCGAUCGAAAAACUCAAGAAAGUUGUGGACCGGUUCAAGCCUGCGCAGUCAGAGGCCUUCCCGGACAAAGUUCGUGCUCAGCUGAAGAAGGGCGUGUAUUACUUCCAGAAAGACACUUUGCAAGACGUGCAGAAUCAUUUGGAUCAGAUCCAGAACGUCUUGCAGACAUCACUGCUGAUAUAUAACUGGCAGGAUACAAGGGAGUCCAGAGCCAUGCAAAUUUCAAUUUACGAAGAGAUGCAGAGUAUGCAUUCAAUCCUCAAGAUGGCUAUAUCAUCAACAGGCAUGCCACCGCCGAGUUUACUUCAACUUGCGUGUGAUUCUCAGAACAAACAACCGCCAAUGAUGGUUUCGGACAGUGGCCCAUUAGCACAGACGGAUCUAGGAGACUACAAGUAUGGCCUGUGCAAAAUCAUAGUAUGGACAUUAGUUGACCAUCUUCAGCAAUAG